AUGGAGUUACUAAGUGGUCUUCCUAAAAGUAUUCGUCAUGAAGAUAUAAAAUUUUUGUCUUCUAAAACAGCGACAAAUGUGGUUUCAGAUGGCACGCUCAAAACUGAAAAAAUUUUCAAUCGUCACAUAGUUAGUGAAAAUUUGGAAACAUUACUGAAAAAAUGGUUAGAUGAAGGUGAUGAGCAAUGUGCAUUCUAUCUCGGUCAGAUUUACUUCGAGAAGGAGAAAUAUGACGAAGCGUGGACUUACUUCCGAAUGGGUUAUGAAAAGUUUAAUGAUCAGAAAUCGAAGUUUCAACUCGGUAUUAUGUUGUAUGACAAUUUAGUCAGUAAAGAAGUGACAAAAGUUUCAAACCCAGAAGCUAAAGCUUGUGAAUUUUUUAGGGAGAUUAUGACCUUGAACGUCCAAAUAGCUUCACCCGUCGACCAAAGAAACUUGGUUUUUAGUGCAGCCUUUAAUCUUGGAAGAGCAUAUUACCAAGGCUGUGGAGUAUGUUUAUCUACGAAAGAUGCUUUGAGGUGCUUUUUAUUUGCUGCGAACAAUGGUGAUUCUAAAGCUUGCAUUUCAGCUCAAACAGCACUUGGCUAUUUAUAUUCAGGACCAGAAAUUCGUGAUUUACAAAAAGCAUUUCAAUGGCAUUCUGAUGCUUGUGGAAAUGGUAGUGUUGAGUCUCAAGCCGUAUUAGGUGUAAUGUAUUUAUAUGGGAUAGGUGUGAAAGAAAAUCGUGAUAAUGCUUUAUUCUGUUUAUCUGAAGCUUCAGCCAGAGGCAGUUUAUAUGCUAAAGCAAAUUUAAUUUAUUUUUACUAUCGACGGAAAAUGUUUACAAAUGUAUGUUACUUGGCUAGCAGAAUGGUAACUUGUGAUAAUUUUGUGACAACAUCGGAAUGUAUACAAGCAUUUCAGUAUCGAGCUAUGUCAAUGGCAUGUUUUCUUUAUGCAUUAUGUUUAAAAAGUGGUAAAGGUGUACAAAAAGAUGAAUUAUUAGCUGAUCAGCUAUUCUCUAAGAGCGUUGAAUGGGACCCAUCAUUAGCCGCAAGAUAUGUAAAUUUAGUUAUAGCAGGCGAAUUGUAA